AUGAGACGGCCUGCAUUGCAAGCUCUUCAGUCCGUUGGGGGGCAUGUUCGGCCCCUAGCUACGGCGGGAGAUGCUCAUGGAAAUGGGCUUUUUGAAUAUACCCGCGGGCGUUUUAUCUUCAAUGUAAACGAACAAACGUCGAAACGCCGCAUCCGAUUUAAUAUGCAGGAGCUUGCAUCUGCCGCAGCAAGGUCAGUGGAUGCAGCGAGAUGCAUCAAUAUCCAACGGUGCCCUGAUGGUCUUUAUAACAAAGCAUUCAUCCUCACCAUGGACAAUGGCAAGGAUAUUGUUGCAAAAAUACCUAACCCCAAUGCCGGUGCUCCGUACUAUACAAUUGCCAGCGAAGUUGCAACCAUGGAUUUCGCGCGUACUGUGCUUCAAACUCCUGCGCCGCGGGUGUAUGCGUGGAAUGCUUCUGCCGAUAUCAACAGUAACCCAGUUGGAGCCGAAUAUAUUGUCAUGGAGAAGAUUCCUGGCGUCCAGCUAUCAGAUAUCUGGUGGGGCCUGCAGCUUAACCAAAAGCUCAAAAUCUUGAUUCAGGUUGCACGUUACAUGAGAAGGUGGACAAGUGUGGGUUUUGACAAGCUUGGAAGCAUAUACUAUCCCGAAAGCAUGGGUACACCCUUAAAUGAGGUUCUCUACUCUGAAGAGGGAAAUUCUGUCCACAAUACCCGGUUUACUAUCGGACCUAGUACCAAUCGUGAAUGGAGUGAUGGAGGUCGGCAAGAUAUGAAGUGCAAUAAGGGCCCAUGGAUGUCUGUCACUGAUUACCGAAAAGCAAUUGGAGACCGCGAGACAAUGGCUGUGAAGACACUAGGCCAUGUACCGAAACAGCUGGCGAUUUUAUAUGGCCCUGGGCCAUUGUACCAACCUUCCGCGAAAAAGAAACUUGAGGCAUUACGGUACUAUUCGCAAAUUCAGCAAAUAUUACUACCUGAUGAUCCCUCCCUUACCACCGGUCAUCUUUGGCAUAACGAUCUACAUCAUGAGAAUAUAUUUGUUGACCCUGACAGUCUUGAGAUACAAGGAAUAAUUGACUGGCAAUCCCUCCAGAUUGCACCCCUAACCGAUCAUUGUUUAGACCCCUCUUUUCUUGAGUACGAGGGGCCUGAUGUGGGUGAUCACCUCGAAAAGCCUGAGCUGCCAAACGAGAUCAAGACACUUAAGGGCGAAGAAAGGGCGGAAGCCGUAGCACAAUAUCUCGACAAAGCAGUGAUGGUUGCCUGGCGUCGACUUGUCAGAGAUAAGAAUCCAGCUCAACAUCGUGCCAUCAAGUUCCAGCAAUCGGCAGCCGGAAACCUCUUGCAUCUUUCCCGUCGAAUAUUCGAAGUAGGUGAACCUCAUUUCUGCGCGCUACUGCUGGACUUGCGGGAUGAAUGGGCAAAUUCCGGAAUUCCCGGUUUCCCGCUCAAGUUCUCUGAUGCAGAGGUUGCCUCGAUAGAAGCAGACGUGGAACGAGCGGAGCUGGGUGUCAGAACCAUGAAGUCGAUUGAGCAGCGACUCGGAAAUUUAUGGCCGGAGAGAGGUGUGGUGGAACAUGAAAACUACGAAGCGGCAAAGGAAGCUCUACAACAGAUGAAGGAUGAGAUCAUCAAUGAGUUCAAGACACACCCUGGCUGGGACACGGCAGUCUUCGAGGCAUUAUGGCCAUUUGAUUCCUAA